UUGCAGCUACCGCUUGCAUACUCUGCGCGGUGCUUUUUGCGUUCCUGCUUGCGAUUAAUCGCUUUCGGCUAUAUAACAAACUGAAAGAACCUAAUAAUAAUCUGUGUGCCACGGAAAACACGAGCUGCGGUGAAAUAAAAUUGCAAAAUGGCGAACUGCCGGCUGGAAAACUGCCGACGAGAAUGCCGACUGUCAUGCCGUCGGAUGAAUACGCCGAAAAUGUAGUCCCACUAAGCGUGAAUUAUCAUUUCACGCGGAAAUGCAACUACAAGUGCGGAUUUUGUUUUCACACUGCGAAAACAUCGUUUGUGUUACCGCUUGACGAUGCGAAGAGAGGGCUAGAACUCUUGAAAAAUGCGGGCAUGAAGAAAAUCAACUUUUCCGGUGGCGAACCGUUCAUAGUGAAGAAGGGAGCGUUCGUCGGGGAGCUGGUUAAGUUCUGCAAACAGACGCUGGGCGUCGAGAGCGUCAGCAUCGUCAGUAACGGAAGUCUCGUCUCGGAGCGCUGGUUUGAGAAGUACGGUGAGUUUUUGGACAUUUUGGCUGUCUCGUGCGACAGCUUUGAUGCCGAUACAAAUGAGAAGAUCGGUCGACAGCAAGGACAGAAAAGUCAUCUGAUUAGCCUGCGAUCCGUGCAAAGACUGUGCGCUGAUUAUAAGGUGGCAUUCAAACUGAACACAGUUGUGAACACGCACAACAAGGAUGAGAACAUGGUGGAGGAAAUAAUGCACCUUAAUCCGUGCAGGUGGAAGGUAUUUCAGUGCCUCCUGAUAGACGGUGAAAACACCGGUCCGGAUGCACUAAGACGGGCAGAAUCCUUUGUCAUCACCAAUGCUGAGUUUGACGAAUUUCUCCGAAGACACAAGGAUGUCGAAUGCUUGGUGCCAGAAUCUAACGAAAAGAUGCAGAAUUCGUACCUGAUCCUUGACGAAUAUAGGCGGUUUUUGGACUGCACGAAGGGUGCAAAAGAACCCUCGAGAUCUGUUCUGGACGUAGGCGUGGAGAAUGCGCUGAAUUUCAGCGGCUUCGACGAGAAAAUGUUCUUGUUUUGAAGGCCUGUCGAUUACAUAGAGUAAUUAAGAUGUUCUACCAAAAAAACGUUCGAACAAGGGAUGACAAACCAUAAAUUUCUCUUGGACUCGUUGAUAUGGAUGAUGUAUAUAUUCUUGGGUAAACCGUUCGAUGAAAUAAGAUUCUUUUACUUAUAUGAGCCUUGUUCUGAGAAAACUGGUCUUAAUGCGUGUGCGUAAAGUGUCAUCCCAGAUUA